AUGAUCUCUCUCGCUCUGCUGUUGAUGGUCUGUUUUGCCUGCUCCACUGAUGGACGUCAAGAGAGACCGAACAUCAUAGUAUUAGUGGCUGAUGACAUGGGAUGGGGAGAUUUAGGAGCUAAUUUGCCACAUUUAGCUUCAAGCACUCCGUUCCUGGACAAUCUAGCAAACAGUGGUGUGAGAUUUCAAGACUUUCACUCAGGAGCCUCUGUUUGCACGCCUUCAAGGGCUGCACUUUUAACUGGUAGGCUUGGAAAAAGAACAGGGGUGGUAGAUAACUUUGUUCCUGAUUCUGUCGGUGGUCUUCCAGCAGAGGAAAUCACCAUAGCCAAAAUGCUAAAGAAUGCUGGCUACAGAACAGCAGCCAUAGGCAAAUGGCAUUUAGGAUUGACGUUUGGUCAUCAUCCUCUUGAGCAUGGCUUCGACACCUACUUGGGUGUCCCAUUUAGCAUAGAUAUGGGCUGUACCACACCACCAGGUCAUGACUUGCCCCCAAAACGCUCCUGCAAGCACACUUUGGAAAAUCGAACCAAAAGUGCGUUUGACACAGCUCUGCCCUUGUACAAAGAUAGGAACAUUUUGCACCAGCCAGUCAAAUUAAGUUUGUUGGCAAGAUAUUAUAAAGAGUUUGGAGUCAACUUCAUCAACAGGAACAGAGACAAACCAUUCUUUUUGUAUGUUGCCUUUUCUCAUGUGCACGUGCCUCUGGCGCAUGGAGGAAAUUUUAACAAUGCUUCGUCUGGUGUACUUCAAAACUGUAUUAAAGAAAUGGACUGGAUUGCUGAAGAGCUUGUCAAUACUGCCGGACCAACGAACACCUUAGUUUGGUUUCUAAGUGAUAAUGGUCCAUGGGAAUAUAAGUGCAGCUUAGCAGGUUCAGUGGGGCCUUAUAAGGGACAGUGGCAAAAAUCCAAUGGAGGAGGAUCGAGUGCUAAAACCACUCUAUGGGAGGGUGGGCAUCGAGUGCCUGCAUUUAUCUCUUGGCCAUCCGUACUAACAGGGCCUGUCAUUUCUGAUGAACUUGUGUCUGCACUAGAUUUGGUCCCUACAAUAUCUUCCCUUGUAGGGACCUCGCUGCCUAGCCACCACUUGUACGAUGGCCAGGACAUCUCAUCUAUAGUCCUUAAUAAUGGUCUCAAUACGUCGAGUGGGCACAAGAUCCUGUUGCAUCCCAGCAAUGCUGAUUUUGAUGAUGUAGGUGCAAUUGGAGCUGUCCGGGUGGGCCAUUACAAGGCAGUGUUUCACUCUGGAGGUGUGGAGGGAUGCGGAGGACAGCAUCUGCCACCUUUCCAGGUCCACAAUCCACCUCUCGUCUUUGAUCUUGCAAUAGAUCCCGAGGAACAAUUUCCUCUUGAAGGGGCAUUGAAAGAUGCAAUAGCAGAUGAAGCAAUAAAAGCUUUGCAGAUUUUCUCAGAUUCUUUGAAAGUAGACAAUUGCAGUGUGGUUGAUUAUUCAACAGACCUUGCUGUUCGUCCAUGUUGCUCACACUUUCUUGCAAACUGCUACUGCCCUUGGGAUGAGCUCAUGUGAUCUGAUAUAAUUCUUGUACGCGAGAAGAAUGCAAAUUUUUAAUUUAAAGUUUUCUGUUUUAUUUACCUCUGUAAAUCAUAUAACUUAUUCAAAUGCACCUCUCGUACACAAAAAUGUACUAAAUAG